AUGACGAAUCCAGAGCCACCGCCCGACGGCGGCUACGGCUGGAUUUGCACCGUCGCCGCAGCCAUUGUCAACAUGCACUCCUGGGGGUUCAGUUCUGCAUACGCCGUCUUCCUCGCACAUUAUCUCAAGGAAAACACUUUUCCCGGCACGACGUCGCUUGAAUACGCAUUUGUCGGCGGCCUCAGUAUAGGCUGCCUCUUUCUCAUCUCUCCCAUCACCACCAUCGCGACGCGCAAGUACGGCAUCCGGCCGACCAUGUUCGCCGGCGCCGUAUGCGAGGCGGUUAGUCUCAUCUGUGCAAGCUUUGCCUCGCGCAUCUGGCACAUCUUGUUGACGCAGGGAGUCCUGUUCGGCUUUGGCCUAGGACUUCUCUUCAUCCCCACAGCCGCUGUUGUCCCGCAAUGGUUCACAUCGAAGCGGUCGCUGGCCAGCGGCGUGGCUGUCAGCGGUGCAGCCAUUGGCGGCGCAGUGUAUUCUUUGGCGACGGGCGCCAUGAUACGUACAAUAGGGCUGGCCUGGGCGUUUCGCACCCUAGGCAUCAUCGCCUUUGUGGUCAACACGGCUUGCGUUAUUGUCAUUCGAGAUCGUCACGCAGCUAUCGGUUCUACUCAACGCGCCUUUCAUAUUGCCCUCUUCAAAAGGUUGGAGUACUGCCUCGUCAUUGGGUUCAGUGUCUUAACGAUGUUGGGCUACUUCAUCCUCAUCUUCAGCCUGGCCAACUACGCCAAUCACAUUGGCCUAAAUUCUUCUCAGGCUUCCGUCAGCAGUGCCGUCUUCAACCUCGGACAGGCGGUUGGCCGGCCAUUGGCUGGAUACUUUAGUGACCGGGCUGGUCGCAUCAAUAUGGCCGCGUCAAUGACCUUUCUCGCAGGCAUAUUCCCCCUCGGCCUGUGGGUGCCUUCCCGCUGCUAUGGUGUCCUUAUUACCUUUGCCACAAUUGAGGGGCUUUUUGCCGGGACCUUUUGGGCCACUAUUGCGCCUGUCGUGGCCGAGGUCGUAGGGCUUCAAGACGCUUCCUCCGCCCUAAGCCUGCUGUGGCUCACGCUUGUCAUUCCUUCCAUAUUUAGUGAGGGGAUUGCCCUGUCUAUCGUCAAAGAUACCGAUUCAUAUCUGGGAACCGAACUGUUUACCGGAUUCACGUACAUUGCCGCCGCCGCGUGUUUGUGGUUGCUACGGGGUUGGAAGAUUGGACAGGACAUUGUCACAUCUGCACCUCCAAUGACGGAAACGUCUGAUGCUCCAGCUCACGACCCCGAGGUUGCCAACAAGAGGGUCUUCCCAUCAUUCAGCCUCAGCGAUGAGGACAAACAAUCACGGUCUUCUGCUGUACCGUACCUCCGUCGUUGUUGCAUGUUAGCAAAGAUAUGA